GCGCCACGCGUUUCAAAGAUUCGUAGCGAAGGUUGUCGCCAUUCAGGGGCUCAAAUGCCAUAACCUCGAAAAUGUUAUAAAUAAGCUCUUCGCUUCACACACAGGAUCAAUAGUCACCCGUGAAUUUUCUAUUUCCAUCUCAUCGUAAGUGAGAGGAAGAUGAAUUCGUCAACGUACAAGUUAUGCCUGCAGUUAUUAAAGUGUUCAAAAACAAGGAGCAGACUGUUGCUUCCAGUCAAUAAUCCGCAAAAAACGUUAAUUGCCCGGACUGUUUUCACGAGACCGAAAGAAUUGGACGAACUCAGAAGGCGAGCAAAACAACGGCAAGAAGAAAGCAGAGAGAGAUAUCGACAACAAUCUCACAACGACGACUCAGAAGAAAUUGGCCCAUACGGAUUCUUCUUAUUCACCAUACCAGUCAUAACAUUUGGACUUGGUACAUGGCAGGUAUAUAGAAGGCAGUGGAAGUUAGGUGUUAUCAAAGAUCUAGAGGACAGGUUGUCAAGAGACCCAGUGGAGUUGCCAGAAAACGUCGAUGAUUUAGCCCAUUUGGAGUAUUGUCCUAUUAAAGUGAGAGGGGAGUUUUUAUACGAGAAUGAAUUUGUUAUUGGACCCAGAAGUUUGAUUGUUGAUGGACAUGGAGCAAACGAGGGAAAAGGGAAUUUGAUAUCAAAUAGCAGUAUGAACAGAGGAUACGUUGUUAUUACUCCAUUCAAAGUUGAAGAUAGAGACUUGAUCAUCCUUGUGAAUAGAGGAUGGCUACCAAACAAGUAUAAGAAUCCAGAAGAAAGGAAGAACUGCCGAGUAGAAGGAACAGUGGAAAUAACUGGAAUAAACAGACUUACUGAAAAGAGACCCCAGUUUGUCCCUAAAAAUGAGCCUGAAAAGGGUUCAUGGCAUUACAGGGAUGUUCAUCAGAUGGCAGAAUAUGCUCAUACGGAGCCAAUUUUCUUGGAUAUGUUGGAAUCUUACCCAGGUCCAAAUAUGCCAAUCGCAGGCCAAACUAGGUUAAACAUUCGAAACGAGCAUUUGUCUUACAUUGUCACAUGGUACGCACUGUCAGGUUUGACAGGAUGGUACUGGUUUAGAAUGUUUAUACAAAAGAGACCCAUCUUUUAAACUUUCUGAGCCAAGCAAUUUCAGUGUCAAGAGAACUUAAUGUAAAAUAAUUUGUAUUAUAAUUAAACAUAAUUGAAAUUAUUUAUUAGAAUAAUUUUUUAAUUCAUAUAAAAUCUUUAUAUAUGUAUACGGUAAUUUAAUAUGUACAUAAAUAAAAUUACAUCUACACGUGAAAUUGGAA